AUAUACAUAUACACAAUAAUAUAAUACUUUUUUUCAGAAUAUCAUUAAGAAAAGAUUUUCAUUAUCAAUUGUAAAAUGUCAAAAUAUUUGGAAAGAAUACAGGAUAUAUUAAAAAAUGCAGAUAGUAAGAAGAUCACAGAUAAAAGAAAAUGUGUUUUAGAUCUAUUAGAUAUAUAUGAAAAUGAAGAAGCAAUAAUAGAAAUCUGUAGAAAUACAGAAAAAAAAACACAAAAUAUUAUAAAUUGGUCUUAUAUAUUACAUAUAGUUCAUAAAAUAUUAUUAAAUGAAACAGAUAGACUUGCUUGUAAAGAUAUUAAUAGUAAAACAGUAAUUACUGAACGACAAAAUACAUGUAUACUCAUACAAAAAACAUUUCAAUAUGCAAAUUGUCAUAAAAUACCACUUUUAAAAUGCAAUGAUAUAAUGCCUUUAAUUUUGCAAGUUUUAGGCACAGAUAUAUAUAAGUAUUAUUAUGAUACUUAUAUAAAUGUAUUAAUUUCUUAUAUUCUUCCAUUUAGAAUAUAUCAAAUAAAUAUGCUUCCUAAAUACUGGGAAGAAUUAUUAAAAAUAUGUAUAAAUUUAUAUAAUCAUAUGUCUUCUGUUAUAAGUAAGAAAACUGUUUUAGAUGCUUUACAAAUGAUUAUUGAAUAUGGUUGUUUGCAUACAAAUUUAAUUUUGAAUAUAAAAGAACUAUUAUCUUUUUUAGAAAAUAUUUUCUCUGAUGUAAAAAUAAAUCAAGAAAUUUUAGCUGAGUCUAGUUAUAAACUUACAAAUACAAUAUGUCAACAAAUUGCAAUAGAAUAUAGAAUUACACUGUGUCAUUUUAGUGAAAAUAUUUUAUCAAAUAUAAUCAGCUUAAAAGGUUCUAUUGAAAAAUAUAAACUUUUAUUACUUUUUAUACAAAUUCAUCAUCCUAAAGGGGCAUGUAAAACUGAUGAUGGUGCCUAUGCUUAUAAUUGGGAAAAAUGGUAUACAGUACUUAAAAGUAUGUAUCUAAUGAUUUUGAAAGAUUUUAAAGCAGAUAUACUUUCAAAAAGUUUCCUUCGUCUUGCAACUGAAGUUUUGAAACAAAUAUUAGAAAAUCCAGAUUUAAUUAUUGAAAAAAAAUUUAAUGAAUAUGAUUAUAUACAACCAAUAAAACGUAGACGAAUUGUUGCUAAAAUAAAUGGACCACUUGAUAUGCUUAUUAAUAGUAGUCCAGAAGAAGCUUGGCCAAUGAUACAAGUUUUAACAAUGUUAUUUGAACAAUAUCCUAAAUGUUUAAAAUCAGAAGAUUUUCCAAUGUUCCUAAAAAAUUUAGUAAAUCUUUUUACAUUAUCUUGCAAAGAAGAAAAUAUUAUGGACAAUUUAUAUGAAUUAGCUGCAGUUCUAUUAAUGAAUGAACAAACAUUUUCUAUAACAGAUGUAGAAAAUUUAAAUAUUUAUUGGGAUAAAAUAUGGGAUAUUUUAUUAAGAUCUUUAAACAUAAAUCAGAAUGAAAUAUCAACUCAUAAACUUAUGCAACUCUUUAUAAUACAUAAUAAGAUAACAAAUCCAAAUAUACUUUUAAAAUUAUAUUUUACAAAUGUGAUUAAAUGGUCAAUUAUGAGUUUACAUACAUUAACAAUAAUUUGUGAACAUUUUGCUUUAUCUAUUGAUAUUACAAUGUUUAAUAUAAAUAUGUACUCACCAACAACAAAUUCAAAUUGUAUUAGGUCAUGUCUUAUAAAAUGGAUAUUAAAUAUUCCCUGGCAUAAAAUGGCAACACAAAUAAAAAUUGAUGAAUUAUGUUUAUUACUCAUUAACAUUACAUUAAAAAUAAAACCUGAAAAACAAAUAAAAUUCAAAAAAUAUAAUAUUAAUAAGUCAUGUGAUUGUUUAAAAAAUGAACAAAAUACUGAAUUAUUUUGCGAACAUAUUGAAGAAUGUUAUUUAUUAUUAACAUAUAAAAAAAAUUUAUUUACUGAGGAAAAAAGAAAAAAUACUGAACAAAAACCAAAAAGAAAUGAACAUAUAUUAUACAUGCAAAAUAUUGUAAAUUAUUUAAUGAAUAGUUUAUAUGUUAUUAUCAAUGAAAAUGAAAGUGAUGAUCUUCAUGUAAUUAUAAUAAAAAUUACAAUUAUAGCAAAAAUUAUAUCAAUAAUGAGACAAUUAAAUAUGAUAUCUAAAAACAUUGAAGAAUUAUCUUUAAUGCAAGCAAUGAAAAAUUAUUUACAUAUUGUUUAUGGUUUAUUAGAAAAUAUAGAUCCAUCAAGAAGUAAAUAUAUUUAUCUUUAUAAUGUAACAAAAGCACUUAAUACAUUAUAUGAAACAUCAUAUGAUAUUGAUGUGGCAAAAAUAAUUGUUACAUCUGCAACAUUAGAUAUGUUAAAAAAUAUAUUUAGUUUAAUGAAUAUUGAAGAUCAUGAACUUAUUGAUUAUAAAACAAAUAAUGAUUAUUAUAAUGAUUAUGAAUCUCUACAAAAUAGACGUAAAUAUCUAGAUAGAGAUAUUAUACAAAAAAAACAAUGUAAUUUUUGUAAUGAAGGUACAAUUAGAAUACAAGCAACAAAAGCUUUAACUUUAUUUUGCUGUAUAAAUACAGGACAAGAAAAAUGUGAAAUUCAAAUAAAACUUAUGAAUAAUUUACUUAAUAUUAACAUGUAUGAUCUUUCACAUACAGUUGAUUUUAUAAUGGCUAUAACAGUUUUAAAAUCUUCAGCAAAAUAUGGUAAAGAAGAAUUAUGGAAAAAUCACAAUGAACUACCAUUGAAAAAUUUAUUGAAAUUAUAUAACGAAUGUUAUAAAGAUGAAAUGGUUAUCCGUUAUAUAUUUGAUAUUCUACCAUAUUUUUUUAGUUAUGCCUUAAGUCACAAUUAUAAAAUAGAUAAUUUAAUGGAUAUUAUUAUGCAUUUUAAUAAACUUCAAUCGGAAAAAAAAUAUGGUUUUAUUGUUCAUAAAGAUUUUAUUAAAUGCCUCACAGAAAUUAUUUAUAUUAAUCCUUCAUAUUUUUAUUAUAUUACACAUAAUGCUUCGAAAAUGCCAAUAAUUGAAGGAAUUUUAAUAUCUCUUAAUAGUUCUUCAUUUCUUGUACGAUUACAAAUAAUUAAAUGUAUACAAAACAUAUAUUCGAUAAAAACUAUACCUUUUAAAUGGAAAGAAAUGUUAUUUAAACAAAUAGAAGAAUCAAUAAAUAAGUUAAUUAUUAACAAUGAAUCAGAUGAUAAAGUGAAAACAGAUAAAAAAGAAAUUAUAACAAGAAGUACUUUAUUAAUGCUUGGUGCUAUAAUAUCUGCCAGUGGAACAUUUCAAUGUCAUGCUUUAUUAACAAUGUUACGCUUUAGUAUUGACAAAAAAGUAGAUAAUCAAAUAAUUUCAAAACCAAUAAAUAUUAUGGCAAAUCAAAUCGAUUAUUCAAACAUCAUUGAAGACAAUUUAAGUUAUUUAAUGACAUAUUGGUUUAAUUCAAAAUAUUCGUCACAAUUAUUUCCUUGGAAUUUAAUAAUAAAUUCCAAUAAAUCAGAAGAAGAAUUUUAUAAAGUAUAUAGUGAUACAUUAACAUUUAUUAAAUUUCAAAAUUUAGAACUUUCUAGUACUAUUUCUUUUUGCAAUUCCAUUAAAUUAUCAUUUGAACGAAUCAGUGAGAAUAUUUUUCCACAAAUUUUAUCAUGGUUAUUGUAUUGUAUUAAUGGAAAUAAUGGAAAUAUUUCAAAACAAUUAGCAUGCAAAAUAUUUCAUAAAUUAGUAUCAAAUCGAGAUGAAUUUGUCAAAAUAAAAAAAUUUUCUAAUUUAUUUAAAGAUAAAUUUGAAGAAAUAUUAAUAUUUCUUAUUGAAAGAUUACAUGAUGAAGAUUAUCUUGAAGAAAUAUUAGAAGAGAGAAUAUCAUUUCCUAUAUCAGAUCCACCUCAUUUUAAAAAAGAUAUAAUAAUUGAUUGUUUAAAGUAUAUGGAAGAAAACUUUUUUACUGAAAAAAUGUCUAUACAAUAUGUUUUAGUUUGUAAUUGUCCAAAUGUAUUGCAAAAGAUAUUAUUACAUUUAACUCAUAAUAUUUAUAAAAAAAAAUUUGAGGAAUAUAAAAUAAAAGCUUUUCAUCAGUAUAUUUUUUUUUGUACAUUACUUAUUAAAGAACUGAAAAAUGAUUAUUUUAAUACAUUAUCCAUGUAUGUUAUAAAAGAUAUUAGUUAUACUUUACUUCAUAUAAUUAAAAUAUAUGAUGAUAUUCUUCGUAAAUUGGCAUGUAAAUAUUUUUAUAAAUUUAUAAAACAUGUUUUAAAUAUAAGAUGUGAACAAAUCAAAGAAAUUUUGAACUUCACUGUUACAACUUUAAUUCCUAUAAUACAAACGGAAAACAUACCUAUAAGUUUAGAAAUAUUACAGUUCUUAAUAAUUGAUCAAAAAGAAAUAUUAUAUGAUGCAAUAGAGAAGUUAAAUUUAUUUCCAAAAGAUCCGAUUUUUUUAGAUAUACGAAAUAUACAUUAUAAUUUGAAAUAUAAAGCAAAAAAAAUUUGUAGUUUGGAAGAAGAAGUGCAACAUUUUUUGAAUACAACAUCUGAUAAAUGUAUACAUUAUAGUGUAGAAGAUGUUGCUCAUUUACACAUACAAUUAUCUACAAGAAAAGAAGAAUUACGAGAAUUAUAUGAUAAACUUGAAAUAUUUCAUGGAUUUUUUAGUAAUUGUACCUCAAGCAUAUUGUAUCAAUUGGUGUAUAAACUUAUAAAAUUAACAGCAUCUUCUGAUAUAAAUGUUUCACUCGAAGCCGUAAAAUGUUUAGGUGAUUUAGGCCCAAUUGAUUUGACAUCAAUGAUAUAUUUUGAAAAAAAUCAUGUUAGAGAAUCUUCUGAUUUAAUAGAAAUAUUAUCAUAUAAAAUAGCAAUAACAAUGAUACAAUUCUUAUUUCAAAAUAAUAUUGAAAUUCGGAAAAAAAGUGCUAAUGUUCUUUAUGUUGUAUUUUCAUCUUCUUGGGGACAAAAACUAUUGAACAUAAAAUAUAUGGAAUAUUUAAAAACUAUUUUAGAUGAACCACAAGUAUUACCCAUUAAUUAUAUUCAGCCAUUUAUAAGUAAUAAAAAUUCAAAAAUUAAUAGCAUUGAAAUAAAUUAUAUAAAAAUGAAUAAUAUUAUAAAUCAAAAUAAUACUAUUUGGACAGUUCAAUCUGAUGGUUCAUAUUCCAGUUGGAUUAUAGCAUUAACAUGUAAUAUUUUAGAAUGUUUUAUAGGAUUUUAUUCUGAAAAUUUAAUCCCCAUUUGUACUUUAAGUACUGAUUUUUGUGAAAUAAUUUUACCGAGAAUUAUAUUUUUAAUAAUUCAUACAGAUGAACAGUUUAUAACUACAUUAUGUUUAUGUAUUAAUAAAUUUUUUGAAUAUCAUUUUAAUUUUACAAUAGAAACAAAUAAUACAAAAUUUAUAAAUUGUGAUCAUUGUACUGUACGUUGUAUGUUAAAUAUUGUGAAUUAUAUUAGAAUGCAAAUUUCAAACAAUAUUUUAAAAUUAAAUUAUAUAUAUAUUGCAAAAGCUGCCAAAUAUUGUUCAGCAUUUUUUACUGCAAUAUUAUAUGCAGAAAUGUCUUGUGAAACUAUUUUAAAUGAUUAUAGUAAAUUUAAUACUGCUUCAAAAAUUGAUUUUGUUUAUGAAUUGUCACCUGAACAAGGAAGAGUAAUACAAAACAUACUUAGAGAAUCUUAUGCAAAAAUAGGUGAUUUUGAUGCCAUUAAUGGUACUGGUUCCUCACAUUUAUUAGAUUAUUCUUCUCGUAUUGAACAUUAUAUUCAUACAAAUGAAUGGAAUAAAGUAAUGCUUGCACAAGAUGUUGAACUUUCUUUUGGAAAUAUGGCAGUAAUCAAAGAAAUGGCAAAUGGAUUACAACAAUCAGGUCUUCAAUAUUUACUUAGUAAUUUUAUAUCUAUUAUGUUGAAAAAUGGUGCAAAAAUAGAUGAAGAGAUUCAAUAUGAAUGUGCUUGGCGACUUAGUAAUUGGAAUAUUUGUGAAACAAAUCAAAUUUUAUACACACAGAAUAACUGUAAUUUAAAAUUAGAAGUAUCUGAACAUGAUUAUAAUUUUUAUCAUUAUCAAGCAUUAAAAUAUUUUCAUGAAGGUAAUAAAAUAGGUAUACAAGAUGCAAUUCAAAAUGCUCGCAUUAGCAUUAUAAAAGCACUUAGAAGCAUUAGUCUAGAAAAUAAUAAAACUAUAUAUGAAAAAUUAAUGCAAUUACAAUUAAUUAAUGAAAUUGAGGAAUUAAGUUUUGCUAAACAAGAUGAAUAUGAACAAAUAUUGCAUAAAUGGCAACAGCAAGAUGUUGCAAAUUUUAGUGAUUUUCAAUAUAUUGAACCCAUUUUAACUCAAAGAACUAUAAUGUUUCAAAUAAAUAAUAUUUUAAUUGAUAAUAUAAAUAUUAAAAAUGCGCUUUUUAAUACAUAUUUACAAAUAUCAAAAAUAGCAGCAGAUAAAGAGGAUUUGCAAAUUGCUACUCGUGCAUUAGCUAUUUUGACAAAACAAAAAGAUAUACCACAAAAAAUUCAAGAUCAAUUACUUUAUCAAGAAUCUCUAUUAGCACGACUUAGAAAGGAUGUAUAUGUUGGAAGAUUUCUUUUACGUAAUUUAAUGUACAAGGAAGAUUUGGAUAUAAAUUUGCAAGCACAAAUAUUAAGAGUUUAUGGAGAUUGGAUGGCUGAAACAAAAUCAGAAAAUCCCCAAACUGUGAUAAAGGAUUAUUAUUUAAAAUCUAUAGAUAUAAACACAUCAAUUAUACAAACUACACAAAAUAUUAAUACUAUUAAAGAUUUACAUGAUACACAAGUAGCAUUAGCUCGUUUUGCUGAUAAUCAAUUUGAGCAAAUUAGUAUAUAUAUGAAAUCUCCUCAAUUUGAAAAUCUAAAAGAAUGUGUUGCUUACUCUUAUAAAGGAAUUAAUGAACAUUCAAGUACUGAAGAUAAAGAUAUUAGAAGUGCAAUGAUUUUAAAUCAAAGACAAAAUACAAAUGAUGUGGCAGAACUAGAACAUAUACAGAAAGAAAAAAAUAAUUAUUUAAUUUUAGCAUUAAAGUAUUACUUAAUCAUAUUACAACAAAGUGAAAAUUAUAAUUUAUUAAUAUUUAGAGUAAUAGCACUUUGGUUAGAUAACAUACACCAAAAAGAAAUUAAUAAUUUAUUGCAAGAAAAUUUAAAUAAAAUACCAUCUUUUAAAUUUAUUCCACUUGUGCCACAAUUAGCAGCACAUAUGAAUGAUGAUUUUAAUGAAUUUUCUGAAAAAAUAUAUUUUAUUAUGAAACGUUGUGCUUUAGAGCAUCCUCAUCAUACAUUACCAGUAUUAUUAGCAUUAAAAAAUUUAUAUGGUGAUUAUGAUUAUACUACAUUUAAAAAAGGUAAAAUUUUAGAACCAAGAGUUCUUGGAGCUCAAAGAUUAUUAAAAGAAUUAACAAAUUCAAAUUUAAUUCUACAAGAAAUGGAAAAAUUAUCACAUGCUUUAGUUAUGUUAGCCAAUCUUCCAACUACUUCAAAUAAAUCAGGUUGUAUAAUAAAAAUACCAAGAAAUCAAGAAAUUUUAAAAAUUAAAAAUUUUGAAAAUAUAUUUGUACCAACAUUGACAAUUAAUGUAAAACCAUAUAAAAAUUAUAGUAAUAUUAUUGGUAUUACUAAAUACAUAGAAACAUAUGAAACUGUUGGAGGUGUGAAUACUCCAAAAAAAUUAACUUGUAUUGGUACAGAUGGUAUACAAAGAUAUCAAUUAAUAAAAGGAAGAGAUGAUUUACGACAAGAUGCUGUAAUGCAACAAGUUUUUAAUGUAAUGAAUACAUUAUUAAAAUCUUAUAAAGAUACUAAACGUAGAAAAUUAACAAUUAGAACUUAUAAGGUUGUACCAUUAACACAAAGGUCAGGAAUACUUGAAUGGUGUGAUAAUACAACACCUAUAAUAAAUGUAUUAAUAGGUUCAAAUAAUAUACCAGGACUGCAUAAGAAAUACUAUCCUAACGACUAUACAGCAAAUUUUUGUAAAGAAAAAUUAGCUGCUGUAGGAAAAUCAUCAACUGAAGUAAAAUUGAAAGUAUUUAUGGACUGCUGUACUCAUAUGCAUCCAGUGAUGCAUCAUUUUUUUAUUGAAAAAUAUCCAUCACCUGAAACAUGGUUUGAACGCAGAUUAGCAUAUACCCGCAGCAUAGCAACAACAUCAAUGGCUGGAUAUAUUUUAGGAUUAGGAGAUAGACAUUUAAAUAAUAUCUUAAUUGAUCAAGCAACUGCUGAAGUAAUUCAUAUUGAUUUUGGUAUAGCAUUUGAACAGGGAAAAGUAUUACCAAUUCCUGAAACUAUUCCAUUUCGACUUACACAAAAUAUUGAAGUAGGAAUGGGGGUAUCUGGUGUAGAAGGUACAAUGAGACAUUGUUGUGAGAAAACAUUAACAGUAUUACGUGAUCAAAGACAAAUAAUUAUAACAUUACUUCAAGUUCUCUUAUAUGAUCCAUUAUUUAAAUGGAGUAUAACACCUGCUAAAGCACAUGAUAUACAAAGUGGAAUUUCAUCAAGAUUAAUUGAAAAUAAUCAAUAUUCUAUAGCAACUAAUAAAUCAGCAGAAAAAGCUCUUCUCAGAAUAGAACAAAAACUACAAGGUACUGAAGAAGGAUUAAUGUCAAGUGUGUCCGGUCAAGUUGAAAGACUCAUACAACAAGCUCAUGAUCCUAUAAAUCUUUGUCGUUUAUAUUAUGGAUGGCAACCAUAUUUAUAAUAUUUUAAUAAUUUCAUAAUAUUUAUAAAUGAAUACUUUUAUUUAUUAUUUAAAUUAGUUAUUAUUUUGCCAAAAUUUAUAAGAAUUCAA